GUUUUGUUUCGUGAUGAUGAAGUUGGAAAAGUAGAGUGGCGAUGAAUUGCUGAUUGUGUUUUGUGAACCGUGACCUUGGUUAAUAAAUUGGCGGAUCCAACUAACUUUUAGGAUUUUGUUCUUUCAGAAUCUUCACACUUUGCUUGUAUGAAUAAUGUAUAUUUCCCAUUCAAAAUGUAGUGGUUUGUGAGCUUUUGAAAAAGUAUUCUCAUGCGAGACAGCAUAUGUCUUUCGUCAAUUAUUAGAUUGUCGGUCGUGAUAUUUAGCGAGGCAGAGUGGGUUAAAUUGAUACGGAAUCGGAUCUUAGGCGGCCUACUCUUUUGGCCUCGGGACACUUGCAAGCAGUUUUGUUGCAGUGUGUGUUUGUGUGUGCAUGUGUAAUAACACUUCUUCGGGUGCUGUGUGCGACUUUUAGAUGCCUGCUCAACGCAUUAUCGAAUACCAUAAAGUGCCUUACAAUGGAGUGAUCAGGUGUUGAAGUGGUGCUAGCUUCACUGCAUGUACCCAUGCAAAGUGAACUGAAGUGGCUUUUGGAGAGGAAAGAAACAAUGUGCAGAUAAGGGGAUUCUAUCAUCACAUCUCACCACGAUGGAUGGCAACAGUGACCAUAAUGAAGGUGGCACAGGAAGUGCUGCAGAAGAGAAACCUGUACUGCUCUUUGAUGAAGCCAAGUCUGUAAUUGAGGGUACCACAUUGUCAUCAUCUGAGGAAACCCGCACCAAGGACAGAGGUCCCGAUGAAGAGAAUGUAAAGCCAAAAGAAGUUUCAGAAGCUUCGAAGAAUGGACUGACAGAGGACUCCAAAGACACCUCAUUGUCUCAUGAAACGAGACAAGAACUUGAAGCUGAUUGCUCUGAGACCACCAAUGAUGUAGCCAAAGCAGUUCAGGAUCAGCAGCCAUUGGGCCAGGGGAUAGAAUCCACCAAAGAAGAGAACAAGGCAAUUCCUCUUUCUCUAGAUGAUACCAAAGUAUGUGCGGAAGACCCUCAGCCACUGCAAGACCAAGAGAACUGUGACAGUCAACAGAAUCUCAAGGACCACACCGAAGCCAAUGCUGCAGAAGAAAUCCCCAACAAUGUUUCAGCAAAAAGUAUCAUCAUGAAUGAGGUCAAGGACCAAACCACCCCUGGAGAUGCUCCAACCAAAAUCACAGCUAUCCCACUGAAAGAUGAAUCUGCCGAUAUCAAGGAUGAGCAACUCAUUCAUUGCAAGAAAGAGGAGUAUGAUCUUCAUUUAGAUGAAACAAAAUUGUCUUCCACGAUAUCUUCCAGCCAAAGUGCCAAUACCUGUUUGACAGCAAACGUUACACCAAAUGGACAAAACAGCAAGCAGGAGUCCCUGCCUUCAUCUCCGAACUUAAGUCUUCCAUCUCAAGAAAAUAUGCAAAUAAAAAUAGAUAACAAAUGCUCAUCAAGCGUUGAAGAUUCAGUUAACAAUAACAUUCAGAAGUGCACCACAUCUUGCCAAGAAACGAUUGAAGUGGAUUUAAGUGAAUCAUCAGUUCUUCCAGAGAGCCCUACUAACUCAGAUCAAUCUGAUUGCGCCAUGAAAAAUGGACAGGAAGAUAAAGAUGGACCCUUACCUUAUGUUCCCAAACCUGAGGAAACUGUUGAAAACACCCAGAAUCGUUCAAUGCUAAUGAAAUAUCUUGGGUUACAACCUGUAGGGGAAAGUGGUAAAUCAAGCAAAGACCCCAGAGCUGAUGUAUCAUCCACAAAAAUGAGAUUGAGUUCAUCAUACUUGGAUUCGUUUUGCCUGAUGCCUGGCCUAGACCAAAUGAACUCUUACCGAAAUGGCCAGAUCUACAAUACAUCACCUUUUGAAGCAUGCAGCGAUGGCAGCCAUUCUCCAGAGCCUCCAAUUCUGUCAGAGACUCCCGUCGUAGGUUCAUCCCCACCUCACCAUGAUUAUGAUGCAAUGGAGGCAAGAAUGAUGGACAUGACUCCCAGAAUGGGCCCAGUGAUGACCAAGGGGGAUCUACCAACCAGUUUUGCUCAAUCCCAUCCACCAGAUCAAAAUAUGAAGACUGCUUUCAGCAAGAAGCAACAUGGAUUCUUGGGCCCUGCAUCAUCACAUGCCUUGAACAGUCUGUGCCAUAGGCUCGCAGAACGUGUAGAACCAGAUGUUCCCUGUCAAGAUCCUCAUAUUUCUCAGGGAACAAAACUCAGUGAAGACUUCUACUCAAUACCUAACAAGAAGCAGAAAGACCAUGACAAAUAUGCAGCAAAGACAAAGAAGUUCUCCAGCUUGUCAGAUGUUGUUCCAUGCCCAAGAUGUCACAGAACUUUUAAGAACAGAAAUCAGUUGAGAGGGCACCUUCGCUGGCAUAUCAACGAUCCAAUAAACCUUCUCUCUGGAAGAUGGCCUAAAGAUAGGUCUAAUACACAUGAAAGCAGACUUUCUUCUGCAAAGACCUCGGGAAAUAUCUUGGAUAAAAGUGGAAAAAAGAAGAAAAACUCAAAUAUCCACCUAGUUCCUGAAAGACAAACUUCAUUUUCACAUCUUUCUGGAGAGACACAAGACAGUUUUCCUUGCACUCUUUGUUCCAAGGUGUUUCGAACCUCCCUCAAGUUACGAGGACAUAUGAUGGUACACAAACGUAAACAAUCAAAGAAGAAAAAUAUUUACUGGAGGAAUAAGUCCAGUAAAAGCCCUGGUUCUCAAGGACAAUUCCAGUGUGAAAUUUGCUCUAAGAGGUUUGUGUCUCAGAUAAAACUCAGUGCCCAUAUGACAACCCAUGCAAAGGAAGUCCAUCCAAGGAGCAAAGGCGUUAAAAGGCUUGGGAGUUUUGCACACAGUAAUGGUGAAAACUCAUCAGUUGAUAAUGGCCGUACAGGAAUUUCAAACAUAGAACAGACGGUAGUCCUUGGAAAAAGGAAAGGACCAUUUAAAUGUAGUAUUUGCUUCAAAACAUUCCAUUCAUUGCGAGCUCGGAAUGGUCACAUGGGUAUCCACUCCACUAAAUGGAAGUUUGGAAAAUCUGUUCACCAAAGAAGUUCAGUCAGAAUCAAAGAAGAAGCAUCUGAUCAAAUGUCAUCCUUUGUAGGACCAUCUUCCAGUGAAACCUCUGGACCAACAGACCAAACAGUGUCAAUUAAAACAGAUGAGAAUGUUGAUCCCAACGAAUCCAAUGGUUCAGCUACCGGGAACAGUUACCGGGUCCGUAAUCUAUACUUCAAAUGCAUCCAUUGCCAGCUUGUCUUUGCCUCACGGCACAGGGUGAGGAAGCACCUCAUGAAGGUGCACUCCAUCAUGCCUCCUGGAUCAGAUUCGUUCACAGAAGAAAGAGUAGAUGGUUGUAAAUUCUGUGAGGUUUUCAAGAAGAGGAAAAGGGGAAGACCAAAGCGAGGUGAAAAUUCUCUGGUGCAAUGUCCACAUGGGAAAAUUGUAGUGGGAUACAACUUACCUUUGAACUCUGUCAGACUUAGCAGAAAACAGAGACGUACUUCUAAGACAGUGAAAACUGAGGAACAAUCUGCUCUCACACCAGGAGAUGUCAUGCCCCAGAAAUGCUCUGUCAAGUUAAGUCCAGUAGAUGUAAAUGCAGCUAGAGAAAAGGACAUUCAAGACCAUCUAAAUCAUGAAGUGCAGAAAUCAGAGGAAUCUACGUUGCCAGACUCUCAGUCACUCAAAAAAAGAGGAAGGCCCCCCAAGGAUCGCUUGAAACCAGCACAUAAUAUGCAGAGUGCCCGCAAGAUAGUAUUCUCAGUUGGAGCAAAUAAAAGAGGUAGAACACGUGCCCUUUCUUCAAUUAGGAGACGCAGAAUGGGAAAGGAAAUUUCUCUCUUGGGCAGGCAACUUCAAAGUGGAUGGGAUCCAAAGAGGCAAAGGUUCAUUGGCCGGCCUUACAAGUGUCAUCUCUGCAAGAUGUCUUACCGUAGUGAAAGGCAACUUUGUGGUCACAUGAGAUCUCAUGGCAUUCAUAUUUUUGACCUAUCACAACUUCCUGCAGAUCAACGAGGAAAUACAUUCAUGCCCUGUGAAGACAUGGAUGCCAAGUUUGAUGAUGGGCCAGAGGUGGAUAAUCCUGAAAGAGAUUUGAGCACUGAGAAGUCAGAGAGUCAAACAGCAACGCCUUCUACAGAACCAGAUCUUGAGAUGACAACUGGAGAGAAUGGUGUUGGAGGAAUCUGUGGAGUUUGCAAGAAAGAAUUUGAUAGUGAUAACAUGUUCCAUCAGCAUUUGCUUGGUCGAUACAAUAAGAAAUGCAGACAAGAGUGGAUGAAGCAUACCUUUGGGUUUGGAACUAAAAAUAAAGCACAUCAUGCUUUAGAGCAAGACAUUGUAGAUGAUCAUGGAACUGUCGAUUCAAAAGAUGAACAAAGCUCUGGUAACCUUUACGUCAUUGACAAGAUCAACAUGGAAACCUUUAAAGGUUCUGGUAUAUUCAGUAACCUUCAACAAAAUGUCAAUGACAAGAUCGAAAAUGUGUUGCAAAGAGAGAAGCUUGUCAACAACUGUUCAAAAAGCCUUGAAAAUCCUGAAAGGAGAGACAAGGAACAGCCACCUCCUGUCUCGACUCAAAGUGAUUCUGGACUCGCAAGCAGCUUUUCCCCAAAAAAGGGCUCAGUUUUGAAUGCAGUCAUUAACAGGUUAACCCAAUCAUCCAAACCAAGUGAUGCUGUCUUACGCAACACACCUUCGUAUUCUCCCAGUAAACCCAAAAGAUCGCGCAAAGGAUCCCAGAAACAGAUCUUCACUUGCAAUAUUUGCAACAAGGUUUUUGACAAGAAACAGAAGCUAAGUGUUCAUGCAAUGAUUCACAGACUGAAGGUAGCCACUGUCAUGGAUCAUAUAGAAAAUGCUUCUCAGAGGAAUGGGUCUGGCAUCAGCACUCUGCCAAUUGGUGAAGAUCAAGAGCCUGCUCAGAAUCAAGAAGUGAAUGACUCUCUAGUCAACACAGAAUCUGUAGCCCCAAUGCAUUUUAUGUACACAUGUCCUGAUUGCCCAAAGCAGUUUACAUCAAACCUGAAAUUUACAAGUCAUUUGAAGAUGCAUGGAAAGAGCACUAUGAGUAAAAGUCCCAAACGAGACACCAGUCUAACGUGCAGUCAAAACUCAAAGGCAGAGCAUCCUGCUGACUCAUACAAAGCAGAUUGUUCUGGAAGUCCUUUAGAACCUGCAAGUAAUAUUGAGAAGCUUCCCAGUGAAGAAGUGUCUUCUGCCACCAAAAGUGAUAUAUCAGCAAGGAAAGAAUAUCAUAGCAAUGAAAGCACAUUUGACUUACCAGAACAACCUAGUUCAGAUGACACCACAAAGACUGUGGCUAGUGUUCAAGAUGUACCUAUCAAGGAAGACCUAAAUACAGACAGAGAGAAAAGCCAGGCAGAAAAACAGAAGCUGAUAAGUAGGCCUCGCCUGCUUUUGAAAAUUAACCCAACAACCUUGCAGCGCCUCUAUGACUGCCCAGAUUGUUUCAAAUCAUUCAAGAGUCGGCGUCAUUUAGCUCAUCAUCAAAGAAUUCAUUCUGAAGAAAAGUUAUCAAACAGUCAUCUACAAGAAAAUACCACACCUCAACCAGAAGUUUGUUCAACACUGUCUACUAAAAAUGAUCAUAGCUCUCCAGACCAGUCUGAAUUAGUAUCAGAUUCUUUUGAAGAAAGAACUGGCUCAACUGAAUUUGGCUUCCAAGAUGGUGAUCAAGCUAUUGGAAUUGCUAAUCCUGAGCCAGUCCCUCUGGAGAAUAUAUCUGCAUCUGCAAAAAACAGUAUGGAAGGACACCCCCCUGAAAAGAAUGUGCCCUGCAAAAUAUGUGAUAAAGUCAUGAAGAAGUCCCAGUUGGGUGGCCACAUGAAGUCCCAUACAAAGGAGCUGCUCUCCAGAAAAUUCAAUGGUCCUGAUCAUGGUAGUGCCUUCGACAAGAAGCGAUUUUCUAGUUCUGCUUCUGCCAAGAGAUUUAUGGAUAGAGAAAUAAUUUCUGGAGUAGAUUUAUAUCGCUCAGUAUCAAGGAAUGCCGAACCAUCUCUUGCAAAGUCCUUCACAGGAACAGUACAUGAUAUUGCUACAAUUGACAAUUUGGAUAAAGAAGAAGCAGAGUAUGGUUCUAGCACUGCUAUUAUGGAAAACUAUGUAGAAGAACUCACAGACAGAGAGCAGGAAAAGCAGCAUCACACUUGCCAUAUUUGUGAUAUAAAGUUUGACACCUAUCAACAACUUUGUCAGCACUUGAAAAUGCAUGUUGUGAAGAAACCAAGUUUUAGUGUGUCAACUGUUGCACAAGAGGUUAAUGGAGUACCCUCUACAAAUAUGGUUGAGAAAGAAGUCUCCUUCAUCGAAAGCUCCAAGCAGACAUUUGCUCGCCCAAAGAUCUAUCCCUGUGAAAUCUGUGGCAUUCCUUUCUCAUCCUUCAGACAAUUCCGGGUUCACAUCAGUCAGACUCAUGGUGGCAAAUACCAGUAUCGUCUCAUGCUUCAGCAGAAGGAAGCUGCCAAAGCUGGUGCUUUUCUCAAAGAACCUGAUACCAUUAACAAGACUCAUCCUCACAAAUGUGAUGUCUGCGGGAGACGGUUCAAGCGAUUAGCUCUGCUAAUAUUUCAUCUGAACAAGUUGCACAAGGGAUGGAAACAGAGAUUGUGCAUGAUGAAUGUUAGGAGCAGACCUCGACCACCUCAGACUGCUGUACAGAAGAUGCCUGGAACCAAUGCACCAAACGGACAGAGUGCUUCAGGAGACCCUGCAGUGAAUCCUGCAGAUCUUCCAUUUACCUGUGAGCUGUGUGGCAAAAGCUUCAAGAUGAAGGUGCAGUUAUGUGGACACAUGAAGACUCAUGGUAGAGUUGGACAUUCCCCAAUCAAAAUAUCACCACUUGCCAUGAAGGGAAAAUAUACUCUCAGGAAAAGUAGGAAACCAGACUUCAGGCUCAGUGAUGAGUGGAUUCUAGACAUGGAUGAUGAGCAGAUGAAAUAUGAAAAUUCCAUGGCCCUCCAGCAAAUACCAACUGGGCAAAGUAUAGUUGAUCAGCCAAGCAACAUGAAGAGUCCUCCCAAUGCUAGUAUGUAUAAUGCCCCCAUGUAUGCAGCCAAGCCAGUGGCGAGUAGUAUGGUUGGAACACCAAAAGUCAUUCCAGGCCUCGCAGAACAUAGUGAUCAAUAUAGAAUGCCUAUGUCAAGUCCAGAGAUGCCGAUGACCCCACCAGCUUUAGAUCUUAAAAUACCUGUAGCACCUCCACCACCGGAACCCAGCAAAUUCAUCACAAUCCAAAUGGAACCAGUCCUGCAGCAGAUGCUUCACAGGUGUCUUCUUUGCCAUUCAUACUUCAGCUCACAGGAAAGUGCAGUACUGCAUUGCAAGGAAGUUCACUUUAAAAAGAAACCCAAAGUCUUCCAUGCUGCUGAUUCUGCCCAAAUUCCAUCCCAUCCACUAGGGCAGGAUUAUCAUAUGAGUGGUGCAGCUCAGGAGCUUGGGCCACAUUCUUCUCAACACUCACCUGCUGUUUGUCCUGGAAUACCUCCAGUUUCACCAAGCCUUCAACCACCAGUCCCACAGCGUAUGCAUUGCCCACCUCCCAUGGCAAGCCAGAUAUCUCCAAGGAAUCAAUCCCCCACACCAUCAAUAUCCAAAAUGAAAUCUCCUGGUUUUGAUAGAAUGAAUGUGCCACCUUCUAGAUUCCAGGAGAGAAGUUGUAAUCCACCGGUACACCCCUUCUCUGGUCCUAUGCCAAAGGCAGCUCCAACAUCAACACCAUCAGCAAAGACAAUCAGUCAAACACCAUUCAACGAGAUGCUCUACCGGGUGGAGAUGCUAGAGGGGCAAACACGGUAUGUGUGUAACACUUGUAAAUCAACAUUCCUACACUACAAUUUCCUCAUGAGCCAUCUGGCAGAGCAUAAUCACCUGGCAUACACAUGCUUGCAGUGCGGAUAUGCCACUUAUUCAGAGAGAGAUUACCAGUUGCACUGUCAGCUUCACGAUGGUCAGAUUUCCAAGAAAAUUAGAAGAGUAAGACCAAAGCCACCAGGAUAUGCCUCCAAUGCCGACAAAGGACCAGCUCCAAGGGCUGUCGCAACUUGUCAUAUUUGUCAACGGUCAUUUGUAAAUAUGAAGGGUCUGAAGGCACACAUGGUCCUUCAUUCUGCUAACUACAACAGCAUAUCAGAGAGGAGAAACGAGUCCAAGAAACUCCCUAGAAAUAUCAUUGUGCCUCUGACAUGCUUCAAUGAGGUGGCUUCAGAGCCACUUUCCCUUGUGAAACCUACAGAAGAGCAGACAGAAGCAUUAGAUCUAACUGUUAAACCAGUAGAAGAGGCACUUGACUUGAGCAUGGGUCCAAGGAAUUUUUCAGACCAAGCAGAGAGUCCAGAUGUGGAAAGUUCAAUUGAUAUGACAGUCAGUAGCAUUCCAGACGAAAGUCCUGCUAUCAGUCUGCCUGAUGUGUGCCAAGUUAUGCAGCCACUUGAGGUGCCAGAAGAGCCUACAUCAUCCCCCACCCCAUCGCCCACAGAAAAGCUUACACAUGUCAGAAAGCCAAAGAACAGCAUUAGACUUGUAGGUGCAAUUGAUGUUGAUGUUGCCAGCUUGGAAAAUAAGUACAGUGUUGUUACAGAUUUGAUGGAUACUGACAGUGAUAUUUCACCUGAUGUUCCUUUAUCAGCUGGCCAGGAAUCUCCGGCCAGAAGUGGAGAAGGGGAGAGUGAGCUUGAUGGCAAAUCACCCAAGAAGACAAGAAAUUAUAAGUGUACAAUGUGUCAGUAUGCUACAGACUUCAAAGACUCGAUGGAACGGCAUGAGCAGAAGCAUCGCAAGUUCCGCACAUUGGCCUGUCAUCAGUGCAGUUACAGGACUCCAGAAAAGAGACUCAUGUUAAGGCAUGUACUCACUAUUCAUGAGAAGCAGAAGCCAUAUCAAUGCAAAUUAUGCUCGUACUCAUCGGCGUAUAAGCAUCACUUGAAACGCCAUCAUACAAAACGUCACCAACAACCCCUUUUGACCUGCAAUCUUUGUGAGUUUACCACAGACGAUGUGGACAAGCUGAAAAGUCACAGUGCUUCACAUCCUGAACCAAAAGUCUACCAAUGCAAGCUUUGCCCUAUGGUGUUUAAUAGUGGUAAGCUCUUUCGAGCUCACAAGCAGAUUGUUCACCACAAGAAGAAGAAGAGCAAAAAAUCCAGCCGGGACAAGCACCAUUCUUCCUCUCGUGUUGUCGAAUCGUCAGAAUCCACGACAGAGGGAAAAGAAACAGAAACUUUGGCCACGUCAGAGGAGACCACAGAACCAGUUGCCCUCAAGUAUCCUUGUAACCUGUGCAAGUAUCAGACAGAUGAUCAGAAUGAACUAACCAUACAUCUCAUGGAAAAACACUUUAGCAAUCAGAUCAAAGAAGGUUUGGGUGAUGUCUGCUCUACAGCGCAGUGUCCUCAGUGUGGUUACCUGACUGGGAAAGAACAGAUGAAAGCUCACAUGCAGAUACAUGACAUUGGGGAGCACUUCAACUGUGACCAGUGCCUCUUCAAAGCAUGCACCCAGGAGGAAGUGGAUGAGCAUGUGAAACAAAAGCACAAAGUCAAACUUGCCCCUACUCUGACGUGUAAGAUGUGCAACAUGCGUUUCUGGAAUGCAGAGGAUAUGAAGCAGCAUACAGAAAUGCACCUGAAGGAUACGUCCAUUUCUGUGAAAAACCCUUUCCUCUGCAACCUGUGUCCUUUGAAGCUGAUGAACCGACGCGAUGCCCUGAGACAUCUCCAGCUCCACACUGAUCGCUACCCAUUCAAGUGUCGUCACUGCGUCUUCUCCUGCUUCACCAAGGCCUCCAUACAACGCCACCUUGCCAUCCACCGCCACGCCAACAAACCCAAGUCCCUGGGAGCCAUUAGAAAGAAUGGAAGGAAGACUCACUCCAUGGGGGCAAGUGGGAGCUCCGGCAGUGAGAGUGAUGUCCAGAAGAGCCAGAGGAAAAGCCACAGCAGUAAGUUCUCUACCUUUGGUCCUGUAGCUAAUCGCUUGCCCAUAUACCAAUGUCGGUUUUGUAGUCAUAAUUUUAGAGUAGCCGAAGAUUGGCAACGUCAUGAAAGAAGACAUCAUAUGAUUUGGCCAGAGUAACUUAUUUAUUUUUAUUCUCAUUUCUUCUUAUUUGUUUUAUUCAUAUAAAUAUAAAGCAUUCUAUUCAGUAAAUUUUUGUGAUCAGCAAUAUUUUUAGUCCUUUAUCUAUGCUGGUAGUUAAAAAUUUGUUUUCAGGAUGAUAAAUAUAAGUGCAGUCCAGAUACAGUGUAUAUUCAGAGAGAAAAUAUGAUUUUAUUCCAUUCAACAGUUAAUAGUUAAUGAUACUGAUGAUUUUAUUCCAUUCAACAGCUUAUAGUUGAUGAUACUGCCAUAGUUUAUCAAGUUCUAUUAAUUCCAGUUUAAAGCUUUGUUCUAUUUUUCCCGAUGUUGUUUGUUUUCAUGUUUGGUUGUUGUUUUACAUUGCUCAUAUCUCAAAGUGAAAUGUUUGAUACAUGGAUUUUUUUUUACACUUCAUUCUUUAACGAUUCUCAUUCUAUCUACCCCAUCCCCCUUUCCUUUUUCUCGUUUUUUGUCUCCCUCUACAGCUACAUGUUAAAGUAGCUUUAAAUUGAUCAACGGAAGGAGAAUUUAUUGAAUGCAUCCAGCUUAUAUAAUGUUGGACCUGGCCGCAGAAGAUAAGGGGGUAUCUUAGCCCAUUUAUUGCAAAUGUAUUGUUGUAGCCUAGAUGUGAAAGAAAGUUCGUUGAAACCCUGUGAAUGCAUGAUGCCCAAGAUAACCUCUAAUAAAGGAUUUGUUUAAGGUUUUCUUUUGGGACUCCAUGGUCUUUAAUGUUGAACCUUUGAAGAAGAAAUUGGGCAACCUCUGCAUAAUCCUGCUCGGAUUUUCCAUUCACAUUUGAUACUGGCUUUACAGGAGUAUCUGUUUUUACCAUUGUCCCGGAAGAUUUCAGAGACACCAGCCUCAAAGUUUUAGCAAAGAAAUCUACAUUCCACUCCCAUAAUAUUCAUGUGAGACUCUAAGAAAUAAAAAAGCAUGUUCUGUUCUUUUUUAUACUUUGAAUUGAGGUAUCACAUUAUUAUUAGAUCGCCAGUAACGACCAUUAUUCAAUGUUGAAUGGAACUACGUAGACUUGCAGGUGGUUAUUGUGUACAGGCUUCCCAUCUGUGGGUCAGGUGGGCCAAAUUUGCAUGAAAAUCUCAAGUCUAGCCCCUGUUCACUGUAAAUACAUUACUUCUUGAGACUGGGAUAGGGGUUGCAUCCAUCAUUGUCUUUAGUGGCAUGUCAUGUUGCAAACAUUGCUUCGUUGUUCAGCUUGCUAUUACAGUAGUCGCUUUCUUCAUGCUUCAUCCAUAUCACUGCUUUCCACUUUUCGUCCAUCCUCUUCACAAAAUAACUGUUUCUUUCGUUGUCUUGCUUUCGCACUCUCUGUUCCCAACGUAUAAAAAGUGUGUUUCAUUGCAUUUUAUUCCACCAAUAUCAUUGAAGAAAGCAUUCCUUGUAGAGUAUAUGUUGUGCUCAAGUCUUGUGUUUUUUAAAGGUAAUCACGGCAUAGUUCAUGAUUCUUAGAUGUUCCUUCACCCGUAUUGGACAUUUAGUGUGUUCCCGUUCAUUAAGCUCAAGUGCAUUUCAUUUGCUUGUCACACUAUUUCACUACAAUGUAUUUUAAAGCAAAUUUUUAGAGGUUUUACUGCCAUUGUACACUGUAUGCUAAACAAUUAAAAGUAUAUUACAAGUCAAAUUGUGAUCCUAACAAGUAAUAAACUUGGAUGAUUUUUUUCACUAGGCAGAAAAUGAAAGAAGUGAAGACAGCAAAAAUCAUUUUUUUUUACCAUUUGGUAUACAGGUGCUCCUCUUUGAUAAAAAAAUUGACUCUGAUAUUGAAGGAUUCCUGCUAUAUUUUGUAAUGCUUGUCGUAUCAAUGUGUGAAAUAUGUACAUAUUCAAUUGAAAGAAUGUCAGGGUUCUCACAGUCAUGGAAAAUCAUGGAAAAAUUCAUGGUCAUGGAAAGUCAGAUAAAGUCAGGGAAUUUGGAAAAUUUGUGAAAAGUCAAUUAUAUUUACCUCUCGGCUAUGGCAGCUUCCCAGUUUGUCGUGUCUUACAACUCUUAAACUCUGUGAUCGUACUCUGCAUUAAUAAUUGGUGUUCAUGAUUUCCAUUUUUUCCCAGUUUUGUGAUAUCCCAAAUGCUACAUAAGUCCCAGCACGUCAUGGGAAGUCAUGGAAAGCAGCAAUUCAGUCAUGGAAAAGUUACGGAAUUCUGUUUUCAAAUUUCUGUGGGUACCCUGGAAUGUCCAUGUAAUAUCAUUACCGGGUAUUCAUUUUCAUAACACCUUUUUCUUUAUCCGCCAGUUUCCAUGGUAGCGUUUUCUGUUAUUGCAUGCAUCAUUAUUUCACCUUUAGACAGUGUACAAAACAUAUCCCAUCAUUCCAUUCCAACUGCUGCAUGUUGAUGUUGGGGUGUUUUCCCCAAAAAAAAUCAUGUUGAUUCUUUGUAUGUUCGUGCUUCUUUAAGUUAUGGCUAUCAAAUAUUUGCAAUCGCUUUUACCGUUAAUUGCUUGCCAAGUUAUCCCAGUGCUUUGAUUGUAAAAUCGAUGGCCAUCCCCAAUAGUUUGAAUUGUGAAAGUACUUAAGUUUUAAAUAGGAUAUGUGUCUGUCAUCUUUAGAUAAAACAUGUGAUUAUUAUGUAAAUAUGUAUAUAAAAAUGAUUGGUUUUCUGCCCUACUUUUAUCCGAGAAAUGUGCCUUGAAAAUUAAGAUGGAGGAAGAUAUGAUUAAAGGGUCUGGGUGACAUCGCAUGAUUCAGGUCAUCAUCAUUCUUGCCAAAUUGUCUUCUUUAUAAAGACAAUUACAACCAAAGUUUUUUUUUAGGUAUUAUCCAGGUUUAUUUGGGGAUAACGACAGAUCUCUGUAUGCCACAAUAGAAAUACAGACCUUAACUCCCAAUGUUUGUAAAUUUUAUGGUACCAUUUGAUUAACAGGGUCCCUAAGUCAGUCCUGUAUUGCAAUACCAUACCUAUCAACCUUUCUGAAUUGAGAGGAAAUCGUCUCAAUUUUCUUAUUAUUUGGACAGGAUUUUCCUAAGUUUAGAUAAGUUUUACUCUGCUGUGGGGAAUAUUAUUUUUUACCUUUCUUAAAAAAAAAUCAAUCCCUAUUUUUUAUUGGAAAGGAUUUUAGGUCUGGGAAUGAACAAUGAAUGCUCCUAAUAUUUGUUGUACACGAUAGCAAUUUACAUGUUCUUAAAAUUAUGCGCAAAUAUUCACCCACCAGUAAAAGUAUUUUUACUGCAUAUUUUAGCUAACUCAUAUCUUAAAAGAGACAUUAAAUGACACAGCAGUCAAUAUCCAGUGUUAAAGUCUAGCUGUUAUGAAUAAUCCUUUUACAUAGUAUAGGACAAUAGUUCAGAGGCAAAUCCUUUUCAAGUUUAUUUCAUGCAUCUUGUAUUUGACUUUAAAAAAGAUGAGAAUUUUAUUUCAAUCAAAACCCUUUCUUAAUUCCAAAUACAGUCAAUUUUCAAAGAUAACUUGUGUACUACAUGUAUGACAGAACUGGUUUGCAAUAAAACCAAUAUUAUGUAAUGUCGGGUUCAAUUGAAAUGGCAGACUUAUGUGAAAAGACCUAUUUUUGCCUGCAUGUGUAUACUUUUACUCUUUGCCAACCAUUUUAUUUUUACCUCAUGGGCCCGUUUUAUGAAACUUGGUAUGAUACACAAUAGCUAUUGACACCAUUUGAUUUGAAUGGCUGUUGGUAAACUUGUUAUAGAAAGUGUGCAUUUGUCAUUUUUUUAUGAAAUUGAACCCAGUGACCAAACUACUAAUUCAUAAAUAAUCAGAAAAGAGAAAGUGGGUCAGUCCAAAAGAAUUUUCUUACAGAAAAAUAAGGUUUUAGCUCAAAGGGGAAGGGGUGGCAUUUGCCUUAUUUAGGGGAAAACAGUGAAUGCAUGCCCCCUGACCCCCCCCCCCCCCCCAAUUAAGCAUGCAUUCUGGGCCAUUUCACAAAAGUUUCCAAUUAACAGUUUACAAUAAAUUUUAGAGAUGAGUGAAAUGAUGAAAUCUUGCUAAGGGCAAAUUUUUAUAUCAGAAAUACAUGGUAUAACAGUGUUUUAUGAAAUCAGACCCUGUCUCUCUUUAUGAUACUUAAAGCUUUUUUCAUUUUUAACCCAAAUUUGCCUAAAUUCUGACCAGUUUUAUUUUAGUAUACAAUGCCUUAUAAGAAAAUGAUUGGCAAUGAGAUGAAUGUUUCUCAGUCUUCCAUGUUACAUGUUAUGAAGUGCCAAAAUACUUGUCUUUACUUGUAUUAUUACAUUUACCACCAAGCCUUCCAUACAUAGAGUACUCGCCAUAUAGAUAUAGAGCUUUAGUAUGAAUGUCACUCACAAUGUCUUCCAAAUAACGGGUGGAAAUGAUGUUUAAGUAAAUUAUAGUUGUUUAAAAUGUCAUCAAAACUGACUUCUGCAUUUAUCCUACCCGCUCUAAAAUAGAUGAGUGGAGAAAUUAUAAGCAAAUAUUUCUUAAGUCCUCAUGAAAAUAGGAGUCAAAUAUUUUCAGAAGUUUGUAAUGAAAUAAUUUUUAAUACUUACAUACCAAAAGAUACAUGCGUUUUGUUGUCCGUAUAGGGUUUCGUUGAAAGCUUAAAAACAGAGCAUUUUAUCAAGUACUCAGAUACUAAUAAGUUAUAAUUUUAUCAAGCUUGUAAAGUCCAUUGUAUUAGUAUAUUGCUAGGGGAGGGAGAUACAUGUACAUUGUAGUAUUAAAGUAUAGGCACUCCAAGUAUUUAAGAUGUCACAAGCACAACUAGUAAGUAAAGGAAAAAAUAGUAUUUUAAUGAAAAAUUUUAACUGUGUACAGAAUGCAUGUGGUUGGUAUUUUGUACAAAUGAAAAGUACAGCUUUAAGGAGUGGUUUCUAAAAAGAGUCUGUGCAUGUACAGGAGUAAAUUAACCCCCCCCCCCUCCUUAAUCUCUCUCUGGCUGAGAUAGAAAGCUUGAAUUUGAAUUUUUCAAAAUUUUCUUUACCCCAACCAUGACAGAGAAAAACUCAGUAGAUGGAUGAUUUUUAUGUGCAUUAGCUUUUUGUCCAAUUUUGUUAUUAGAAAAAUGUCAGCUAAACUAGACUAGGUUAUUUUUAUUUGACAAUGUUAGCAUUAAAUUUUAGAGGGCAUUAUAUUUCUUGUUAAUGGCAACUAUGCAAAUCCGUCGCAUCUAGUAAACUUGUCCUAUGCAGCUGCUAAUCAAUUCAGCUCAAUUACACCAACUUUAUUUGUAUCAAUCAAACACAUAUGAUAAGAUGAUCGUGUUUUCUUAAUUGUUCUUCCAGUAUUUGUACACAUGCAUCUUCCAAUCUGAUGUAAACUUUUGCCUUGUUUCUUGUAUUUUCAAAAAAAAAUGUUCCAUUUAAAAUAAAAUAUUAAGAACUAUAAACUCAAUGUUUGUGUUGUCUUCUGUAUUAUAUACUAGGUUACCCUAUUCAAGUUUUUUUCUUUUCUCUUGCACACAAGGCCUAAAGGCCACUACACAUAUUAUGAUUAGUCUGUAAACGGAUUUUGGAAUAAAACGUAGUGGAAUUUGAUACUAAUAUGGAGACAUAGAAUAUAUUGCUGUGUAAUGUUUUAAAUCCAUCGUACAAAUACUUAUGUACAAAUCUGUGACUAUUAUGCUACCACCCUUAGAAUGAAAGCAAAUAUAUCUAUUCGUAGUGACGUCAUAGCAAUGGUACGAAUGGCUAUGAUUUGAAACUAAUUUGGCUUUUUCUCCUAAAUAAAGGCUGGUCAUCAUCCA